UGUCCAUGAGGGGAGGGAAGAGGAGGAGCGCGCGCCAUUUGCAGCCGCUGCUCCAGCCGCGCCGCGCAGGUCCCGCUCCGCAGCAUAAUAAAAUGGCUAAUCAGGUGAAUGGUAAUGCGGUACAGUUAAAAGAAGAGGAAGAACCAAUGGAUACUUCCAGUGUUACUCACACAGAACACUACAAGACACUGAUAGAGGCAGGCCUCCCACAGAAGGUGGCAGAAAGACUUGAUGAAAUAUUUCAGACAGGAUUGGUAUCUUAUAUUGAUCUUGAUGAGAGAGCAAUAGAUGCUCUCAGGGAAUUUAACGAAGAAGGCGCCCUCUCUGUAUUACAGCAAUUUAAGGAAAGUGACCUGUCGCAUGUACAGAACAAAAGUGCAUUUUUAUGUGGAGUUAUGAAGACUUAUAGACAGAGAGAGAAACAAGGAAGCAAAGUACAAGAAUCAACAAAAGGGCCAGACGAAGCAAAAAUUAAGGCUUUGUUAGAACGAACUAGUUAUACUUUGGAUGUGACCACAGGACAACGGAAAUAUGGUGGCCCUCCCCCAGAUACUGUCUACUCAGGAUCUCAGCCUGGCAUUGGAACAGAGGUUUUUGUUGGAAAAAUUCCUAGAGACUUAUACGAAGAUGAAUUGGUGCCACUCUUUGAAAAGGCAGGCCCGAUUUGGGACUUGCGACUCAUGAUGGAUCCACUUUCUGGACAGAACCGAGGCUAUGCUUUUAUCACAUUUUGUACCAAAGAUGCAGCACAGGAAGCUGUUAAGUUGUGUGAUAAUUAUGAAAUCCGGCCUGGAAAACACCUUGGUGUAUGCAUCUCAGUAGCAAAUAAUAGGCUAUUUGUUGGAUCAAUUCCAAAAAACAAAACAAAGGAGAAUAUACUAGAAGAAUUCAGCAAAGUCACAGAGGGCUUAGUUGACGUAAUCCUGUAUCAUCAACCCGAUGAUAAAAAGAAGAAUCGGGGGUUCUGCUUCCUUGAAUAUGAAGAUCACAAAUCAGCAGCUCAAGCACGACGCCGGUUGAUGAGUGGGAAAGUGAAAGUCUGGGGAAAUGUUGUGACGGUUGAAUGGGCUGACCCGGUAGAGGAGCCGGAUCCGGAAGUCAUGGCAAAGGUGAAAGUUCUAUUUGUGAGGAAUUUGGCCACAACAGUGACAGAGGAAAUAUUGGAGAAAUCAUUUUCAGAGUUUGGAAAACUGGAAAGAGUGAAGAAAUUAAAAGAUUAUGCUUUUGUUCAUUUUGAAGAUAGGGGAGCAGCAGUUAAGGCCAUGAAUGAAAUGAACGGAAAAGAGAUAGAGGGGGAAGAAAUUGAAAUAGUGUUAGCCAAGCCUCCAGAUAAGAAAAGAAAAGAACGCCAAGCUGCCAGACAAGCCUCUAGAAGCACUGCGUAUGAAGACUAUUAUUACUAUCCUCCACCUCGUAUGCCACCUCCUAUUAGAGGCCGAGGUCGUGGAGGCAGAGGCGGCUAUGGCUAUCCCCCAGAUUACUAUGGCUAUGAAGAUUAUUACGAUGAUUAUUAUGGCUAUGACUAUCAUGACUACCGUGGUGGCUACGAAGAUCCUUACUAUGGCUAUGAUGAUGGCUAUGCUAUAAGAGGAAGAGGAGGAGGAGGAAGGGGUGGGCGAGGCGCACCUCCACCACCUAGGGGGCGGGGAGCACCACCACCAAGAGGUAGAGCUGGCUAUUCCCAGAGGGGGGCACCCAUGGGACCGCCAAGAGGAGCCAGGGGCGGGAGAGGGGGCCCUGCUCAGCAACAGAGAGGACGUGGUGCUCGUGGAGCCAGGGGCAAUCGUGGGGGCAACGUGGGAGGCAAGAGAAAAGCAGAUGGGUACAACCAACCUGAUUCCAAGCGCCGUCAGACCAACAACCAGCAGAACUGGGGCUCGCAGCCUAUCGCUCAGCAGCCGCUUCAACAAGGUGGAGACUAUGCCGGGAAGCGUGGUUGAGGCUGCCCUGACUUGACAUGUCACGAUGUCGACUUGCUAGGUGGGGUUCGCAGGGACAGUAACCAUUGGAGUUAUCGGUAAGAUAAUUUUCUUUCUCAUUUUUAUUUCAAAAUAAGAGCCUGCCCUCCCUCCGCCCCCUGGGGUGGGGGUGUGAUGGUAUUGCUGCUCCCCUCUCCUUCAGGGAUUUUUAAAUCAUUUUGUGGGGAAGGGGUCUUUUUCUUUCUUUCUUUUUAUAGAUGCCUGGCUAAUUGUACGUGAGAGAGGUGAGUUUGAAUAUGAUCCUGCCAAUUAUGUCAGAUGCAUAGAUUUGAGUAAGUGCCUCAGAGCAUAAGGGGAAGAUUCUUCAGGGGUCUCUGCUUCAUGUGAAAAGAGUUAUUUUUUGUAAAACUCAGCUAAGGUUUGACAUUUGUAGUUAAAAUGUCCUGAAGUGUACUGUGCUGACAGAUGUUUACCUUUUUCCCAAUAAAGUGGCCAAACCUUUUUGAAAUAUCGAUGGAGAGCUGACAUCACGUUAACCUCUUCUCUUAGUGGGAUUGUUUCAUAAUAGUCCCAUUGUUCCAAUAACACAAAAUCCAAUUACAGGUUGUCCUUGACUUAUGACCCCAAUGUUUUCCGUUGCUAAGCAAGACAGUUAAAUGAGUUUUGCCUCCAUUUUACGACCUUUCUUGCCACAAGUUGUCACGGGAAUCACUGCAGUGGUUAAAUUAAUCUGGCUUCUCCAUUGUCGUUGCUUGUCAGAAGGUCAGAAAAAGUGAUCACAUGACCCCGGGACACUACAGCUGUCAUAAAUAUGAAACCAGUUGUCGAGCAUCCGAAUUUUGGUCAUAAAUGCAACAGUCAUAAAUGUGAAAACUGAUCAUGUCACUUUUUUCAAUGCCAUAAUAACUUCAACCAGUCACUGAACAAAUGUUUGUAAGUCAAGGACUACCUGUAUGAAAAGCCUGUUUAUGGUACUUUUUGAAUAGUGAGAAAUAUGAAACACAUCUGAAAUAAUACUGCACAAACCUAUAAUACCACUAUCCCUCCCCCCUCUUUAUUUUGUCAUGUUUUGAAUAUAACUUAGUCACGAACACCAUUACUCUCAGUUAGAUAGUUAAACAUUCUUAAAACAGUUAUAAAACGAAUACACUGUACUUUUCAAAAGUGACCUUGGUUUUUAAAAAACCACCGGGGGGGGGGAGGGGCUGAUGAUUGCAACACUGAUACUAUAUCAAGAAUGAUAGUAACAGUUUUUAAGUCAGUAAUGUUUUUUAUUUUUAUUUAUUAACACUCUUUCCUUCUCCUAUUUGCCCCUUGACAACAACCCUUUGAGUUGAUUUGGGCUGCUUUAUAUUUUUCUAGUGGAUUUUGAGUAUGUCUUAUGUAUAAGGUUUCUUUUUAUUCUAAUGAAAGAUGGGCUGUAUCUCUCGCAUUGCACCAAGCUAUGAUUAUACUAAAAUAUAGUUGAUUAAAUGAAGCAUAAUCAGUGGGGCUACUAUAUUACCUCAGGUACAUAAACCAUGAUUUACAAAUCAGAGUGGCUGUUUUUAAUCAAGUGUCCUACGUCACAAUGAAUCAAACCAUAGUUUUGUAAUGUGAUGUAUAAUUCCGUUGAGUCAAAUAGUUCAAGCUUUGGCAUUUCUAGCAUAUAUAUUUUUUUGCCUCUUUGCCUAUUUCAGCAGAAACAUUCCUGAAUUGUCUUCUCUGGGGAUGGGACCAGAGGUGGGUUUCAUCAGGUUCUGACCGGUUCUGAAGAACUGGUAGUAAAAAUUCUGACUGGCCCUGCCCCCAUCUAUUCUUUGCCUCCCGAGUCCCAGCUGAUCGGUAGGAAAUGGGGAUUUUGCAGUAACCUUCCCCCGGAGUGCGGUGGGAAUGGAGAUUUUACAGUAUCCUUCCCCUGCCACGCCCACCAAGCCACACCCACAGAACCGGUUGCAAAAAAAAAAUUUGAAACCCACCACUGGAUGGGACCACUGAACAUGUUUGUGCUGAGGCAUUUCAGAAAUACUUGUCAUAUGACACAAGUGUUCUAUCUGAAAACAAAAACAAAAUCUCUGGAGGAUCACUGGUCUGACUUCCAGAUAUUCAAGUACCUCUUCUCCCCAAAAUAAAAUGAAUGCUUACAUAACCGUAGUAAAUUGUUGUUGCAGAAAUUGAUAAAUCUGGGCGGAAGACACAGAGACUCUCCAAGGGCUGAUGAAUUGCAUUCUGAGUUACCAACCACCAAUGAGGAAUAUUAGGAAUUGCAAUUUUGCAGCAACGCCUAGAGGACUGCAUAGUCCUAAUCCUGGAGAUAAGCACAUUUCAGAAUGAAUCAAUUAUUUUUAAAUAAUUUGGAAUAAAUUAUUUUGUUUUAUCUUGGUGGCGGGUAAUCACUUGAUUUUCUCUGCUAUUUUUAUUUUCACUUUCAGGCAAUUAUUUAAAAACGUUCUUUGCAUAUGGACUAAAUGGCUAAAUUAUCAACUACAAUUUCUGGUUACUUCAGAAAUCAGAGACAUGCAAACAGAAAGACCAAGUACAAGUGGCUUUUCCGCCUUAAAAACUGUGACCUUUUUAAUUAAGUUCUCCCAAAUAAACUGAAAAUUACAAUUCGUAUGAGCACCUUUCAUCUGACCUUUUCAUUUCAGCUUAUUUAAUAAAGUCUGGAAAAAAUAUAUAAAUGGGCCAUUAAAAUUUCCAUGUUCAUUUGGCAUGGUGUUCUUCACCUAUUGGAAAUAUUUCCAGGACAAAUGGUUUCCCUAAUUCCUUCUGACUUAAAUACUUUGUAUAUAAUACUUGGAAAUUCUGAAGGUAUCAUCAAUGCUAAUUCACAGUAAUUCUUAUCCAAUACAAGUUUCUGGAGCUUUCAAAGAUUUUAAUAUAUCCUGUGUUUGCCUUUUUGAAAGCAGUUGCACCUUAUCCCCCUUGGUAAUUGUCCAGAACUAGGAUUAAGGUUUUUAAUACAUGAUAGAAAUUCCAAAAAAUUCCAAAACUUACUGGGUUGAUAGCUACUAAUGUAAUUUCUAGAUUACAUUUUGGAACCUGAUGGUAUUUUUUUUCAAAUAGCUCACGGAAACCCGAGUAAAGCAAAUUUAGUCUUAAUAUUUAAUCAAGCUUCUGUAGUCCAGCAGUUAUUAGAAAACAAGAAAAGAUUGCAUCUCUACAAAGUGACACAUCAUUGUAUUAAUGGUGAUACCAAAUGUGGUUAAUUGUGCAGUCCAUUGUGAAAUACAAACAUUGCUAAUAUUACAAGAUAUGUUUGCUUGGCAGUAUUGCUUUUGCAUUUCUAGUAUCCAAAGACAAAUUACAUCUUUUCAUCAGCACACUGUUUUUUGUUGAUGAUUAAUCAUUUGUGUACUAAUUUGUCACCAAAUUCUGAAUUUCAAAUGUUUAACUACCUUACUAAACGUACCUUAAGAUUCUCUUUUACAUGGCCAUGAACAAGCCUCUUUUUAGUUAUGCUUAGUUCUACCCAUUGAGAUUUAUUUAUAGAGUCAAUUCAACCCUUGAAGAACUCACCUCACCCUAACUGCUUGGUACCCAGCUGGUCAAAGUUGCUGUCUCUCUGAGAGGAAGAGAUCAGCAAAUCAAUGGAGCAUCUCGCAUUAAAAGGUAAAAAAGAAGUUAUUAUAAAACUAUGUUAUGCAACUGGAAGAGAUUUGAUAAAUGGGGAAGAAGAUGCCAAUCCCCCCCUCAACACCAUAAGGAAAUCAUGCUUUAUUCUGCUACCAAAAAACCCCACUAAAACAUUUCCAGAACAAAUGGAAUUAUUUUUCUCUAAAAUCUGUAUUAAAAGGAUUUCUGUUGUUCAAAUUCAGUAGGACUUGUUCAGUGGGAUUACGUCUCAGGUUCUGUCCUUGGUAUCUGUAGGUAAAGUAUUUUAAUUCGACCGGGAAACAACAACUGCUGCUGCUGAGAUACCAGAAUACUAUCACCAGUCAUUAAAUAAAUAAUGCUAAACUUGGUGGUUCACAAGGUCAGACUCAUUAGAAUUUGUUUCACAGGUUUAUAUUCAGUGGGGUUAUGUUUUGUUUAAGGAAAAGUAAAUAAGUAUCAUUUCAUUUCCCCUAGAAUAUAUUCUCACAAUACAGUUUUUGCUGGUUAUAGUCCCCAUGAGUUGAUUAGGGUUGGCAUUUUCCUACUGAAUGUCAAUAAUUUCACUGCUUUCAGCAAUUUGCAUAAGCAGGUUGAAAUUCUCAAACGACAAGCUUUCUGUGAGAAAAAUCAAAACCCUUUUCAGCUAAGGCAAUUAAUGCUGCUGAUUUUCAAAUCUGAGCAAAUCAUAGAUGAUUAACAUUUAUGAGUAACGUAUCCAUAUAGAAUAAAACUACAUUUCUGGAACAGUCAUAUUUUAUAAAUAAAAUACAGUGUUCAGCAGCUGGUUAUUUGAAAUGCAGCCUCAAAACCAAGAAUAAAACCAGACCAAACAAGAGUUGGAAAAAACAGGCAAAGCAUGUCAACUUAUAGGUAGUCCUCAACUUACGAUCACAAUUGAGCCCAAAAUUAUCUUUAAGUGAGACAUUUGUUAAGUGACUUUUGCCCCAGACUUCUUGUCACCGUUGUUAAGUGAAUCACUGCAGUUGUUAUAUUAGUAAUACGGGUAAGUGAAUCUGGCGUCCCUGUUGAUUUUGUUUGUCAAAAGGUUGCAAAAGGGGAUCACAUGACCCCGAGACACUGCAACCAUCAUAAAUAUGAGCCAGUUGCCAAGAGUUAAAUGUUGAUCACAUGACCAGGGGAGUGCUGCAAUGGUCAUAAGUGACUAAAACGGUCAUAAGACACUUUUUUCAGGGCCAUUGUAAUUUUGAACGGCCACUAAAUGAACUGUUGUAAGUCGAGGACUACCUUUUAUUAGCAAUCGCGCUUAGACUUGUAUACCGCUUCAUCAUGCUUUACAGAACUCUCUGAGUGUUUUACAAUGUCAGCGUAUUGCUCCCAACAAUCCGGGUCCUCAUUUUACCGACCUUGGAAGGAUGGAAGGCUGAGUCAACCUUGAGCUGGUGGGGAUCGAACCUCUGGCACUCGGCAGAAUUAGCCUGCAAUAAUUGGGAGAUAUGAAAUUGCCGUUUUCAGUCUUCUAUGGCUCUCUUGCCUUCAUUUAACAACAUUCUAGGACAGGGGUCUCCAGCCUUGGCAACUUUAAGCCUGGAGGACUUCGACUCCCAGAAUUCCCCAGCCAGCAAAGCUGGCUGGGGCAUUCUGGGAGUUGAAGUCCUCCAGGCUUAAAGUUGCCAAGGUUGGAGACACCUGUUCUAGGAUGUCCUAGAAAUUGUCCCUAGUGUAAGAGCUCCCCCCCCAACCCCCCGAAUAUUGAUGUGGGUACAUGUGUGCAUUCAGACACACACUCUACCCUCAAGUACUUUAUAUUCCUAUUCAUGUAACAGUGAAAGUGAAAAGUAUAUAAGGCAAACAUGUAAAAAUAUGUGAUUUGGUGUCAUCACAAAAAACAGUUCGUGCUUCCUUUUGUCUCAUGUUUCAGAUUGGGUUUGUUUUUUUAAAAAAUUUCUCCCAGACAGCUACAAUAUGACACAGAAUAUUUAUUUAUUUAUUUUCUUGCAUUUAUUAUUUUUUAUCAAUUAGUCAAGGUAGCAAAUCUAAUGCUCUUUCCUCUUCCUGUUUUCCCCACCACAACAACUCCAUGAGGUGGAUUAGAAUUACCUGUAUAAAUGUUUUCAAUAUGAAUGAUAUGCAUUUUUUUUACAAACGUACAGAACAUUACAGGUAACAAGCACACAAUCUAGCAGGAAGAGAAAGCAGGCAAGAAAAACAAGAAGGUAAGGAUUAGGAGGAGCAAACGUUUAAAAAUAACAAAAGACAAAUGCAAUUAGAGCAGCAUAUAUAUUUCACCUUAAGCGAUGCAUUAAAGACUCAAAAGCCUCUCUCCUCUGAUAAAACCAUUAUAAGAGCAUUGAAACGGCAUAUAACACUACAUUAGCUCCAUAUUGAAUCCUGGUGGCUUCAGUUAGUGAGAUCGUAGCAGAUACCUUCUUGAAAACUCUUGUGUUUUAGUUAUGAAAAAAGGAAGACCCCGUGAGUUAUUAGGAAGCGGGUAGAAAUAAUUGGAUAUGUAGAACGCCUUCUCAUAGAUUUAUAGAGAACACAUUUAUGGAGUAGCAUUUUUUUUCCUGGUAAUUUUUAUUUUCUUAAGAAUAUCAGGCAGCUGGAAAGAUUCAAAAUUAAAAGUGGGGUGGCUUUUGUUGGAAAUGGAAAGCUGGACUAAAUAGAUCUUUCAUUGGAUCCAGCUGGCUGUUCUUACAUUAUCAUUAAGGCUCAAGCAUCUGUGCUUCAUAUUAUAAAUAGAAAGUUAGAAGGGUGAUAGAUUUUGUGUUAGGCGUUGCUUCCAUGGAGAAGAAGUGGAGUUCUUAAACUCAAAAUAGGAAACAAUGCACAGAGAAUCUACUAGUGAACUACAACUCUCAUCAUCGAUUACUAUUGGCUGUAGUGAUUGGGGCUGCUGGGAGGUAAAAACAGUUAUCUGGUAUAAACCCACUUGUGGUUUUUUUUUAAAUGGAAUUUUAUAUAUGAAGAACAUGACAGAUGAAACUCUUAGCUCUUUUUUGGCUUCCUUCAUAUUCUCAAGUCAUUGCACAGAACAAUAUUUUUGACCUUGCUGUGUUGGUUGCGACAUAUCUUUGUAAAGGGAUAGCAAAUAGUUUUGGAAGAACACAAAUUUAGCUAACAUAUUUCUGACCACUCCAACUUCUGACUUGACGCCUCAUGCGAAGAAACCACUGAUGAAGAGUAAUCCCAUUACCACCACAAUUUACAUCUGGAAGGGAAGAUUGAACAUAACAGUUCUCAAAGGAAAGCAAAUAGUUUAAUUAAAAGCUGGCUGAUACCACACGUACUUUUAUCCUGCAUCAGAGUAAGGCUUCAUUCUCCAUUUAGCUCAUUCAAGUCCAAUCUUUUGAUGAGGAUCUAAAGAAUAAAUAAUGGCCAUGGCCUCUAGGGAAAAACCUGGUGGUGUUUCUUGUCUAGCAUUAUUAUUUUUUUCUUCCUGGUAAGGAAGAAAACGUCCAUGUUAGCAAAAUGAGAUACUCUACACCAGGGGUGUCCAAACUUGGCAACUUUUAAGACUUGAAGUCCACAAGUCUUAAAAGUUGCCAAGUAUGGACACCCCUCCUCUACACCAUCAGUUGUGUGAAUUGCUAUUCUCUCCAACUAACUGAAUAAUACAGCUAAUAUUUUAGGAGGAAUAGGUUUGAAUUUUUUUUUGCUUAAAUAUAUAUUUAAAAAAUCCCCAUUUAAUUGUGUUCUGAGUCUUGAAGACUGCCUGGAAAAGUCCUUGUAGUUUUCUUUGCAAAGUUUUUCAAAAGUGGUUUGCCGUUGCCUCCUUCCUAGGACUGAUGAAGUGACUGGCUCAAGUCAUCGAUCCUCAAGGCAGGACUAGAACUCGCAAUAUCCUGUUAACCUUAAUGGCUUCGCUGCUACACCAAACUGACUAUCCAAUUUGGUGAGCUUCUUUUGUUUCUAUGAUAAAUUUUCACAUUAUAAAGCUGCUUUUGUUUCAAUUAACUUUUAGAUUUUUUUUAAUGUGUAAGGAAGGGGAAAUGACUUAUUAAACAAGUAGUGAAUGUUCAUACUAAAUGUUUGCAGUGAAUUACUCUGGGUUUUUUGGAGCUUAGUCCCAAUAUACCACUCAAGAAAAAAGCAAGCAUGAAUCCUGGCACUUAAAAUUAUGCUUCCUAUUGUAAUGGUUAUUUGUAUAAUAAGUUUAUUUUUAAUGAAAGAGUUCACUUCUAUGGAAUUUGCAUGCUGUGAAAAAAGCCCAGUAAAUGCCUUGCAGACUUGGACAAGUAGAGCAGCACUUGCAGGUAAGGAGAGAUAUUACGGUAUGUGGUUUUUGUUCCUUUUGUGUUUUCUUUCAUGCACACGUAUAUAUAUAUUAAUCUGUAAUGUAUCAAGUGAUGCAUUAAAUUUGUAUUUAAUGGAACUGCCCCAUAUAUGGUAGGAAAGUAUUAGAUACUGGCUGAUAAACUCUAUGCUUGUUUCAGACAAAAACCAAUUGGCAUCUCGUUAAAUGAUAGCAAUCACUUUAUCCUAUUAUCUGGCUACUUAAAGAAAAAUAAAAGCAUGCAAAAUAACUCACAUUUUAAAAUGCACAUGCCUUUGUGAUAGAAUCAGAAUUUCAAAUAUCCUGUCAAGAUCAGAGGGUCUAGGACGACUCAAGGUGCCCAUCUUGUCGCAGGAAAAUCCGUGUGGGAUAACAAUGCAAUAAAUAUUAUCCGCCACUGUUUCUUCUACAUUAUUUCCAUUUUUGUCAAUGGAAAUGUCAAAGAAACAGUGGUGGAUAAUAUUUAUCACAUUUGAGUUAUUCCACAUGUAUUGUCUUGUGGCAAGAUGGCUGAGUUAUUCCGCGAGGAAUUGUCCGAUGGCGAGUCGGCCAUUCCGGUCAAGAGAAUCGGUAACAUAGUGCGUUCUAGAUCUUUGGGAGUUUUUUGCGGGCUCAGGAAUUCUGGGAGUUGGAGUCCACAGGUCAUAAAGGGACCAUAAUUUCCCACUCCUGCCCUAGAACAAUUGCCAUGCAAGCUAGGUUUUAUGACAGCUAUUCCCCAAUGAUGCUCAUCAUUGUUGGAAGAGUGGAAAAGAAGGUAGGAACUGUCCCUCCAUCAAAGGUGUGUCUUAGGCAGCUGGGGAAAACCUCCAGUGAGAUAAGGGUGCACGAGUGUUAGAACAUCACCCGCAUCUCUCAAACCCAGAGGGUGCUCCUUCCGUUUGCCCUUGGUGGAACUUCUUCCAUCUUAGAUAGAAUUGAUAAGAGACAGGUUCAGUCUGCCUGACCAACCAAAAUUAACAGAAGCCAGCUGUUUAGAAAAAGUGCCACUUUUUCUAAACAGCUGGCUUCUGUUAACUUAAUCUUCUCCUGGGGUUCCUCAGUCUCCUCCUCCUACCCCUGGGUUCCCAAUCCCUUUUCCCACCCUCUGAAAAUCCUAAAUGUUGGAUUAGAGCUUGUGCCAGGUAAAGCUUCAAGAAAACUUGCAGUGUUCACACUGUGGUGUUUUCAUAUCCCAAAAUUGUUUUAUGACUUGCAAAAUAAGCUUGGCAUAUUUAGGCCAUAGAGCUCAUUGACCUUGUCAGUUAUUUAUAAAGAGACAAUAUGCACAGUAUCAUGUACUUUCUAAUGAGAUAGGAUUGAUCAAUAGAGCUCAUUGUUGCAAUGUCUUGGUUAACCCCUUCCAAACCUGGUGCUAUGUAAUCAAAUAGAGGACAAUACAUGGAGAAGUCUACAGAUUUGUCAUAAAGCAAAUUCAGCACAAAUACAUUUUAUUAAAGGUAGAAAAUAUUAUUUUAAAAAGUCAAGACGCUUUAUAUGGUGCAUUUGGCUUCUGUUCCUGCAUUACCUAUUUAUGUUUUCCAAGUAAUGCAUUUAAAAGUUGAGUGGAAUAUAAAUUUGUUUUCAAGUUAGCUAGCAUUUAAUUCUUGUACCAAAUGGAGGACUUUCUAAAAACUAUGAACCUUUCCAGACCGUUCAGGCUUUCUUGGGUACUAAGCAAAUAUAUUGAAAUAGAAAAUAUUAUCAUUUUCUGAUGCAGUAAAAUAAACUCAACAAUAUAACAUUUUUUUUGUAAUGUUGUAAUAUAAUCUCAUUAAUCUUGCUUUCCUACUGAGCAUUCAUUGGAAUUAAAUGUACUUCUGGAUAUAUAUUUUUUAAAUCCACGUUUUCGAAGGUUAGGUUCCAAUGUUAAAAAUACUUAGGUUUUGCAGUUUCCCGCAUUUCCACCUAACAACAAAAAUAUAAGUAUAUCCAAUUAACUUUCCUAAGCAUUCUGGAAAAUAAAUAGAACAUCAGCACAUUUUUGUUUAAAGUUGUAUGAGAGGCUGUUAAAAUUAUUCUCUGUAUAGAGUUGGAGUAAGAUCUUGGAUCAGGUUUCUUUCUGUAAUGGUAACAACGAUGAUAAUUCCUUGCUUAUGUUGUGAAAUGUCCUGACAUUUCAGAAGACCCAAAAGGGGUAGCCAGAAGGACCCCCUUGGGGAUGCGAUGCUGUGGUGAAAACAGCUUCCUUUCAUUUGGGAUAAUGGCAGCGCCAGAAUGAUGACAUCAUCAUCCAGACCUGGGAAAACCAGUGGUGAGUUAGCCUAUUCAGCUGACCUCCUCCCUCCCCUUUCCUAAGUGAUUAUAGAGUCCAGAAAUCUGAGGGACAAGGACAAUCCAUCUAUGAGCAACCACCUUUCCAGCCAUGAAAUCAAAGCUAGUUUGGGGCAAGGCAGAAGAAUUACGAUGCAGAAGUGCUAAGGCCCCCCUGAAAGCCAAUUUGCAAAAUCCCCCACCUUAAAAGUCAAGAGCUUGCUGCUGAAAACUAUUUGACUGCUCUUUUCAGACACAUGAAUAAUGUAGCAGAUAGCCUUCACAAAUAUUUUGUGAAUACUGUUUUAGAGGUAAAGAAUAGGCACAGAAAUUAGGAAGAGUUAGGGCUUUGGGAGGUUAAGAACAACUUGCUUAAGCGUCCCCUCUUCCAAGAGAUUCUUUCCCAGCCUGGUGUUUUCUGAAUAUGUUAGACUUCAACUCUUGGUCAGCUAACUCAGUGGUCUCAAUAUUUAUGGAAAUUGCCAGUCUGGCAAACUUAGUCUGAUCAGUAUUAAUCUAAUGCAUUAUAGCAGUGGACAGAUGAGGACAAAUAUAUUGGAAGACUUACUCAUCCUCACUUAAAGGCACAUCCUGCAUAAUCGCAUUUGUUUUCCAUACAAAUAUACGUUAUUUGUAUCCAAAGCAGGCUUUGGACUUUCCUGAUCUUGCUCUGUAGCUGAACAAGAUUAGAAAAAUACACCUAUGCAGCUGUUACGGAAGGAAAAACUUGAACAGGUUUAAGCUAACUGGUACAACAAGGGUAUGUAAAGCAGAUGUGAAGCAUCUUUGUCUAAUUUGGAUCCACGUCUUGCAAUUGUCCAGCAUACAAUCAUGCAGUUGGGAUUCUGGAUGGUUUGGGGUAACUUGUGGUCUCUUAGGAUCAGCUUCCUGUUAGAAUAAUAAUCACGUGUCUCGCAAAUGUGGGAAAUGUGCCAGCCUACUUGGGUUGCAGAAUGCUUUGCACCUGUUCGAAAGUUGCCAAGUGGAAAGGUGAGAACUCCCCUCUUGCAUAUGUAGUCGAACACUUGGAGGUAGACAAGUACUUUUCUCCCUGAUUGUACAGGCAGAGAAGGCAUUUUUAUCUUUUUUUUUUAAGGGAAUUUACCCUGAAGUGGUAUGAUCCCCACUCUCCACCAUUUAUCCUAUGUAUCUUCUGAACAAUCUUGUCAGUCCUCCAAGAAUGAGAUGUGUGUCCUGUGAUAGUUGAAGGGAAAAGCAUUGCGUCACUAGUCCUAGCUAGAAGUUAAUUAUGAUCAACUGCAAAAGAGCAGCAAUUCCCUUGCCAAAUGCCAUCUCCUGCCAGACUUGUAGAUCCAUGUGUUACGAUGAUGGUGGAGGUGAUACAUACGGUAGGUGCCAGAACCUGUUUUAUGGACUCACAGAUUAUGUAGAGCAGUCUGUAGAUAGACUGCUAUUACUGUCUUCCCAUAAAUUUUGCCCUUGAGCUUAUUUAGGGAUUUUUUUUCUCCCCUUGUUUUUAUUUUGGGUUCAAAAAGAGCACAUAACUUAUUUUUAAAAUGCAGGAGUUGGAGAAUUAAUGAUACAAACAGGACAUGUAAGUGUCCUUCCUCAACAUAUUACCAUUUGAGUUGCCUAUUAAUUUAUAGCCCAAUAGAUAUUUGCCACAAUGCCAGGUAGGUAGAAUUAACUACAACAAAGAAAGUAACUUGGGAAAACACUGCUUUUUUAUUGGUUUAUUUUAUGUCCUUUUAUGUUGUAAAUGGCUAGUUUCCCUUUAAAUAAAUAUUGUUUUUGAAAUGUC